AGCUCCAGAGGACAGAUCAAUGUGAAUUCUUUCAUUCACCACUCACUGCUACGCAGCACAUUCCCCCCCCAGCAACUUUUUAAUGGCUCGAGCUGAGCUGACUAUUGGGCUUCUGCUGUUGCUGACCUGUUGCUUAGCAGAUGCACAGGGCUGGAGGAGUUGGUGGAGUUGGGGGGAUUCGGAGAAAACAACCUUCCCUCCCACAAAAGCUGCCGGGACUGAGGAGCAGACGGCACAGCAUCCUGCCACGCCUGAGGCUACCACCCCACUAAACAUCCCCCUUGAAAGCACUACCCAGCAGAAAGGAAGAGUGUGGACUAUAUUUACCCUUAAGAGACCAGACGUUACUGCUGCCACGACCAUCCCUACAACUGCUUCACCUUCCCAGCUGGAAGGCAGAGAAGGAGGCAUUGCAGGGGUAGGGGCUGAGAUACUGAACGUAGCCGAAGGAAUCAGGAAUUUGGUUCAACUCUGGGACGAAAAGACUACCAAAGGGACAGAGAGGACUGAGGCAUCUGCAACAGCUGAUCCUCUGAAAGCAUCACCUGUCCUUGUUGCAGAGCCAGCAAGCAUCCAGAACGUUACUGCCAUCUCUACAGAUGAUGCACAAACCUUGCUGGAAACUGGGCAGCCAGAGACUACAAAGCCUGCUCUUCUGUGGAACAAGACUCGAGUCCUCUUAAAGAAGCCUGAGAUCCCACUCCCAGAAAAUUUCAGCAGAGAAGUUGGUCUCUUAGAGCUAAUUGGGGAUCCCCCACCAGACCAGAUCACCAAAGUGUAUGGCCCAGACAACAGCCCUGGCUUUGUGUUUGGACUGGAUGCCAACACUGGACAAGUGGCACGUUACCACCUCCCUAGCCCUUUUUACAGAGACUUCUCACUCUUGUUCCAUGUGCAACCCACCACUGACAAAGCAGGCGUGCUUUUCGCUAUCACGGAUGCCUCCCAAUCAAUCAUCUAUGUUGGUGUGAAGCUAUCUGAGGUAAAAGAUGGGAAACAACAGAUCAUCUUCUACUACACAGAGCCUGGCUCUCAGAACUCCUAUGCUGCUGCCACAUUCACAGUGCCUUCCCUGGUUAAUCAGUGGACUCGCUUUGCCAUCAGCGUGGAGGAUGAGGAAGUGGUUCUCCACAUGGACUGUGAGGAAUUUGAGCGGGUCCGUUUUGAGCGCUCUCCUGACGAAAUGGAGCUGGAAGAUGGUUCAGGGCUUUUUGUAGCACAAGCUGGAGGAGCUGAUCCUGAUAAAUACCAGGGUGUAAUUGCAGAAUUGAAAGUGAAAGGAGAUCCUCAGGCAGCUGAUGUCCAGUGUGAGGAAGAGGAGGAUGAUUCUGAUGUGAUGUCUGGAGAUGGAGGAAGUGGAGUUGGAGAAAAGCCACAGCCACCAGAAAAGAAAAAGGUGACUUCGAUGAUUUCAGGUCUUCCGGAACCUCCACCUGUCACUUCUCCUCCCACCGCCAAAAAGCCCACGCAGCCCGAAGAGAAACUCCUUUUGCAAACUGAACUUGACAAACUAGAAGCGGGGCCGACAUUUGCUUCAGGAGUAAAAGCCAAAGGUGAAAAGGGAGACCCUGGUGAAAAAGGUGAACGUGGCUCUAAAGGGGACUCUGGAGUUGGUGGAGUUUUGUCGACAAAUGAUGCUAAAGGUGAAAAGGGAGAAAAAGGAGAGCUGGGCGUUAAGGGAAAUGCGGGCUUUGGAUACCCAGGCUCUAAAGGACAGAAAGGUGAGCCUGGUGCUCAAGGGUCUCCUGGCCCUGCAGGACCCCCCGGCCCCCCUGGAACCAUCGUACAGCGCCCUGAUGGCUCCAUGGUAGAGCACGUUGCUGGGCAUCCAGGUCCCGUGGGCCCAUCGGGGCCACCUGGGAAGGAUGGCUUGCCUGGGAAGGAUGGAGAACCCGGAGAUCCUGGUGAAGAUGGUAAACCAGGUGAUGUUGGCCCCCAAGGAUUCCCUGGGACCCCGGGUGAGCCUGGCCUGAAAGGUGAAAAGGGUGAUCCAGGCGUUGGUGCAAGAGGUCCCCCUGGACCACCUGGACUACCAGGGCAACCAGGACUUGGUUCUAAAUUGGACAAGUUGACAUUUAUUGAUAUGGAAGGCUCUGGUUUUGGAGGGGAUUUGGAAAACUUGCGAGGCCCCAGAGGACCUCCUGGGCCCCCAGGCCCACCCGGUGUGCCUGGCUUGCCAGGACAACCUGGAAGAUUUGGGACGAAUGGUACUGACCUCCCAGGACCACCUGGCCUCCCUGGAGUGCCGGGCAGAGAUGGCAUGCCAGGACUCCCAGGACCUCCUGGGCUUCCCGGUUCUCCAGGAAGAGAAGGGAUCAUUGGUCAGCCUGGGUUGAAUGGAGCAAGCGGCGAACCGGGAGAACUAGGCCUUCCAGGAGCACCUGGACCUAAGGGCAGUAAAGGAGAUGCCGGGCUGCCGGGAGCACCAGGUCAAACUGGCCUGGCAGGCCUUCCUGGGCCCAUGGGUCCCCGAGGACAGCCUGGGCCUCCGGGUCCCCCGGGGCCAGGACUUGCGGCUGGAUUUGAUGAUAUGGAGGGCUCAGGACUGCCAUUUGUUUCUGCUGUCCCUGGAGCACGUGGACCAGAAGGACAACAGGGUUUACCAGGACUUCCAGGACUCAAGGGAGAUGCUGGCAGCCCUGGUCUCCCUGGUUUGCCAGGAGAGAAGGGAGACCGUGGAUUUCCAGGGCUGGAUGGUCGCUCUGGACUGGAGGGGUUCCCAGGACCCCAGGGGGAAAAGGGUGACCGUGGGGACCCAGGGGCUAAAGGUGAACAAGGUCGAGAUGGGAUAGGACUGCCAGGUCCUCCUGGCCCUCCAGGACAAAUCACCUACCUGGCCAGUGAUGAUAAAACCUUAUCUACUUUGCCAGGCACAGAGGGCAAGCAAGGGCAUGCUGGUUUCCCAGGGCCAGUGGGACCAAAAGGUGACCCAGGAUCCCCAGGUUUUGAAGGCAGUCCAGGACUGAAGGGUGAAAAGGGAGAGCCAGGAGUUAUAAUUGGCCCCGAUGGAACAGUCGUGGCAGCUAAUGCAAAAGGAGAAAAGGGUGAAUCAGGCUCAAGAGGACCUUUGGGGCCAGCAGGGCCACCUGGGCGGCAUGGACAGAAAGGAGAAAUUGGUUUUCCAGGAAGAGCUGGUCGACCUGGUAUGAAUGGCUUGAAGGGAGAAAAAGGUGAUCCAGCAGACUCAAGUGGAGGGCUGGGCUUAAGGGGUCCUCCAGGCUUCCCUGGCCCUCCUGGCCCUCCAGGUCCUCCUGGAAGCAUAGUGCCUGUUUAUGACAAUAAUGCAUUUGGUGAUACGGGCCCUCCCGGACCUCCAGGAUUGCCUGGCUAUCAUGGUACUCCUGGGCAGAAGGGAGAAAGAGGCGAGAUGGGUCCUCCAGGGCCCCCAGGCCAGUUCCCCUAUGAUUUCAGCAGAUUUGGCUCCACCUUUAGGGGAGAAAGAGGGGACAAAGGUGACCCUGGAAUGCAAGGUGAAAAGGGCGAGCCAGGCGGUGGAGGAUUGUUUGGAUCAAGUGCUGUUGGACCUCCAGGUCCCCCAGGAUAUCCUGGCCUUCCGGGCACCAAAGGGGACAGUAUAAGGGGUCCACCUGGCCCUCCAGGACCCCAAGGACCUCCUGGUGCAGGAUUUGAGGGACGCCCAGGAAUUCCAGGCCCCCCUGGUCCUCCUGGUCCUCCAGGACCACCUUCUUUUCCAGGGCCCCAUAGGCAAUCCAUCAGUAUUCCUGGACCACCUGGGCCACCAGGACCACCGGGACCUCCAGGCAGUAGUGAUACAUCCCUCUCUUCUGGGCAGCUGCGUAUCUUGCCAACCUAUCAGAGCAUGAUCGGCAGAGCUCACGAAGUGCCUGAAGGGCAGCUUGUCUUCAUCCGAGAGAGGGAAGAGCUCUACAUCCGUGUCCGCAGUGGUUUCAAGAGAAUCCUUCUUGAGGAAAAAAUAUCCAUUUCUGGUGCUGGGCUGGACAACGAGGUGCACGAUAGGCUUCCCAGUGUCCACUACUCGCAUGGAGGCACAGCAUCCUCUGGAUCCCAGCGCUUAUUCCCACACCAUUUGCCCGUGCAUUCGCACCGAGAAUAUAGCACUUACUCCACGGCCAAGCCCUGGAGAGGGGACGAGAGUGUUCCCAACCAGCACCGCCUUCCUGAGCAACCGGCCAUCCACCAACCCCAUCAGGGAGCACAGCACCAGCAAGAGUCACUGAAUACCUUCUUUCUCAACAAUCGCCAGCCUGAGGCUGCUCCUUCUGCUGUUCAUACACACCAUGAUUUCCAGCCUGCUCUCCACCUUGUAGCCCUGAACACUCCCCUGAGUGGCAGCAUGCGGGGGAUCCGGGGAGCUGACUUCCAGUGUUUCCAGCAAGCCAGGGAGGUUGGAUUGACGGGCACCUUCCGAGCAUUCCUCUCCUCCCGCCUGCAAGACCUUUACAGCAUAGUGCGCAGGGCAGACAGGGGCGCAGUGCCUAUAGUCAAUCUCAAGGAUGAAGUGCUGUUUAAUAACUGGGAGAACCUCUUCUCAGGCUCUGAGGCACCAUUCAGAAGUGGGGUUCGUAUCCUUUCCUUUGAUGGAAGGGACGUCCUGAGAGACUCGGCAUGGCCUCAGAAGUACGUGUGGCACGGCUCCAACGCUCAAGGACGACGGCUAACAGAGAGCUAUUGUGAGACAUGGCGGACAGACGACACUGUGGUGACAGGCCAGGCUUCCUCACUAGCAUCGGGCAAGCUCCUCGAGCAGAAGAACAGCAGCUGUAAGAACGCCUUUGUCGUCCUGUGCAUCGAAAACAGCUUCAUGACUUCUUCCAAAAAAUAAAAGCGGCACACAACCGAAAGCGCUGACUGCAAGCGGAGGAUGGGAGCCCAAACGUUUCCCUUAAGGCCUGGGGAGCGGGCGGUGGUUCCCCCCCCCCCCGCCCCACCCCACCCCCAACCAGGAUAACGUCUCCAGCCAGUUCCACCAUAUAUCAGUCAAGCAGAUCAAUGAGUGAAAAAGCCAAAGAGUGUCUUCCUAUGAUUUCCAGCGCAGAUCUGGUGCUGAGUAUUUGUGUGUGUUAUUUUCCUCCUGGCGUGGCUGUGGUGAGCAAUGCCUGCCUGCUUUGGUGGGGCUGGGGCAGGACAGGCUUGUGUGCAAGGCAAUCUCCAGGCAAGCGCGGUACAGGAAAUGCUCUCUUUCAAUCUCUCUCUCCUUAAUCCUCCUCAUGUUGAACCCUUGACUUGUAUUUUUCAUUCAGCUGUCCUGUUUGACUUUCUUUCCCCCCUGCCUUUCUAAACUACUCAGUUGUUCCUUUUGAAAAGAAAACCAAGGCCAAGUGGGGGUACAUCAGAAAUUCUAUUUAUUGUGGUUGGCUUAACAUAAGAAGGCCAUCCUAAAGCAGAGGGGUGGUGAUAGUGCUGCUGUUUGGAGCUUGCUCCUGUGAGUGUAGCCCUGCAGCUCUACUUGCUACCAGGCACUCUUGGCAUGGCCUACCUUUAUAUUGGGAGCAGAGUGCUAAGGGCAUAAACUAGAGCCUGGUGGACAGCACACGGCCACAGUUAAGGCAUCUGUGAACACAGAGCUGGCUUUGCUGUGGCUGUCCAGGAUAGGAACAGGGGCAAAAUUCCCGCCUCCCUCUCCAAGCACAACCACCCAUAUACUCGCUGUAUAUGGGCUUGUCAGACAGCCUUUCCCCCCAGCUCUGCCUGACUCACCCGCAGGCUUAACUGUUUGCUUAUGCCUUAUUAUUCCCAAACACAGAAGAGAAAAACACUCUUCGUAGCCCGCUUACCAUUUCUGUUGCUGAAUUUGCAGUGUUGUCUGCUGAGACAACAUGCCCAGAGCAGUGAGAACGUGGUUGCAUGUCGUGCUAUGAACAGUUCUCCCCCUCUGCACACACACUUUUUGCCCUUUACCAUAUCUAGUUCUGUAAGAGAGCCAGAAGUGUUCAGUAACAGCUUUACAAGUGAUUUUGCCAAUGUGUUUUCAUUAGGGGUGUGACGGAAGUAGAAGUGAAGCAAAGUUGCCGCUAAAAGAAUCUGCAUUUGUUUUUUUAAAGUAUUUUUUUUAAAAAAACAUUUACCUUGUCUUCUGCGCUUUCACAGAAAAUGGGUUGGUGCCAAAGCAAGUGGCAGGCCCUGGCUGAACUCCUGCAGUUCCCAUUGGUUUGCAGAACCCUGGAAACACACCUGCCCACCCUCCCUGUGCUUUAGCCUAGCCCAUGCUUUGCAUGCAAGAGGCCUGGGUCCAAAUCUCCAAUCACAAGUAUCCAGUAACAGACAAUGUGAAAGAUCCCUACGCAAGACCCUGCAGGACUAUUGUCAGUUAAGAGUUGACAGUAGAGCUAGGUGGGGCCCCAGGAAGCUGUCUUAUACUAGGUCAGAUGGUGAUCCUCCAUCCGUGGCUAUUCUCCCAAAUCCUUGGCCCUAAUCUAUGUCAGACCUAGACUCUGUCGUUAGCAACUGCUCCUGAAUCAGAGUUACUGUAGAAGAGGGCCACCUCUAUCAAAUCUAUCGUCCCCCUCAACCCCUCUUCUAUGGCAGGAACCACUAGGCCGAAGCCAUUCCUAACUGCUGUACAUUCAGCCACGCUUCCAAAGCAGGAUGGUGACUUCUGCUGCUCUUUCAAGGUCUGGCAACUAAGCACUGUCUGGUAUGAUGUAUCCACUGCUCAGCACCCAGAAGCACAGCUAGGCAGGGUCAUGGCCCAGCAGCAUUGAAGUUAUCUGAUGGCUGAAUGCACAGUGAAGGAGAGGCUGGAGGCCUUCCCUGUCCGUAGGCUCAAGCGUGACCAAGGACCUGCUCGCCACGUCACGGCCCCCCUCCCGCUUCAAUGCCACAAGACUGUCAGGCAGAAGCUUGUUACGUCCCAAUUCCAUUUUAAACACUGAUCUGUGAGUUGAUUUUAAAAAAGAACGGUGCUAAACUUCUAUACCUAGCCUUCUGUUGUCGUCGUGAAAUUUUAUUACCAGGGUGGGUGGGGACAAAUCUGUGCAAGUCACACAGUCAGUUUCUGUCUACUGUAUUUUGUGGGGGGAAAUAAUAAUGCGAUUUUGAAAGCCUGUGGAUUUCUAUAUCUUUGUCAGUUGUGUUGUUGUUCUAUAAACUGUUUUCUAAAGGCACUGAAUAAAGGAAAGUAUCCUCUUUUAA